CCCUCUCACCCUCCCCACACCCACAAUCUCGACCACGAACAUACCUUCAACCCUACACUCACUCACACUGAUAUCCGCAUGGCCCACCAGAACGCCCUCGGCGUGGGAAUCGCCAAUCUGCCCAACCAGAUCCAUCGCAUCGUCACCAAGAAUGGAGGACACUUCACUCUCAUGGUCGUAGGAGAGAGUGGACUCGGAAAGACGACUCUCAUCAACACUCUCUUCUCCACGGAGCUCUCUGCUGGCAAAGACAUCGCUCGCAGACACGCCAAGCAGCUAGACAAGACGAUCGAGAUUGACAUCAUCAAAGCAGAGCUGGAGGAGAAGCAGUUCAAGUGCAAGUUGACCGUCAUUGAUUGCCCUGGCUUCGGAGACUACGUCAACAACCGCGAUUCUUGGGUUCCCAUCGUCGACUUUAUCGAUGACCAGCACGAGGCCUACAUGCGUCAGGAACAGCAACCUGAGCGAAAGGAAAAGACCGACCUCAGGGUUCACGCAUGCCUCUACUUCAUUCGAGCUACCGGCCAUACUCUAAAACCUCUCGACAUUGAAAUGAUGAAGAAGCUCGGUACUCGCUGCAAUCUGAUUCCCGUCAUUGCCAAGGCCGACACGUUGAGCCCGAAGGACCUCGUCAUCUUCAAGCAACGUAUUCGUGAGGUCAUCGCUGUACAGAAUAUCAAGGUGUAUACGCCUCCCAUUGAGACUGACGAUGAGGCGUCUGCCGAGCACGCCAAGAGCCUCAUGGCAGCCAUGCCUUUCUCCAUCAUCGGUUCGACACAGGACGUCGUGACCAACGAUGGUCGAACAGUAAAGGGCAGGCAGUACCUGUGGGGUGUUGCAGAGGUCGAGAACGAAGAGCAUUGUGAUUUCAAGAAGCUACGUUCCCUUCUCAUCCGGACUCACAUGCUCGACCUCAUUUCCACGACGGAGGAAGGCCAUUACGAGGCAUACCGCCAGACACAGAUGGAGACUCGCAAAUUCGGAGAGCCAAAGGUCAAGAAGCUCGGCAAUCCAAAGUUCAAGGAAGAAGAGGAGGCCUUGAGGAGGAGAUUCACCGAACAAGUCAAGCUGGAGGAGGCACGCUUCAGGCAGUGGGAGCAACACCUCAUCGCUGAGAGGGACAGGCUGAACAAAGACCUGGAGCAGGCACACGGCUCUAUCAAGGCUCUAGAGGCUGAAUUGGAUGCCAUGCAAGGAGGUUACGGCAGAGCCACUCAGAGACGAUGAGGCUAUGAGCCUGAUAGGGAUACGGGCCUAGCGCGAGGCUUCUCAUUGCUUGAAGCCAUUGCCAAAAAGCCUUCUUUUGUCUCUGGUCGAACGAUACUAUCAUCAUGUCCAUAACUUGUCUUUUCUCACUCAAAUCCUGAUCGAGGACCUGACCAUGACGCCUUCGCUCUGGCAGAAACACUUGUUGCGUCCCUUCUUAACAACGAUCAAUGUCGCGUCAUGUGAUUUCCGACAAACCCUUGUAUUUGAUGAACAACUAUAUCACUCUUUCUGCAGCGUCGGGAGGGUCAACAUGAUUAGGCGGAUGUGAUUUGUGGGAAGGCAGCGCAGCGCAAUGAAUGGACAGAGCGGUAGAGUUGUUGGGCAGAGGAGGGACUGUACUCAGGCAGAACGGACCACUUCACUCUGCAGCGUCGCAGUGAACAACACGU